GUCAGUUACGAUUUCGUUGAACUAACUGAUAAACUCCGGAUGACCAGUCUGUUGUGAGGAUUUGGCCUACCUUAGUGUUCCGUCCGUCUGCAUUAUCAUCAAUUAGCGCCUACCACACGACAGAUUAACCACUGCCUGUGGGCGCGACCGUGUUCUGAAGCGAGUGAAUAAAUGCCUCCGUUGUGCUGGACCUGAAGUCACAUAUGUGGCACAGUUUGGUCAGCGGCUACUCGCGUCUGUCACCUGAUGGGUCACAGGGGCGUGGGCUGACAUGGACCCUUUUACUGUCAGCUUUCAUGGUCAGCUUCGGAUCUCCCUUUCUCAUUGGUUACAAUUUGGCCAUUUUGAAUCUACCAGCUCCAUAUAUUCAAACCUUUCUCGGCCGCACAAUACUAAACCUGAAGGAAAAUCAGACUGCGGAGGGUCCCAUUACUCCGGAAUUUCUGUACGCACAGGUUAGCACAACAUUUGUGCUUGCUAGCGCACUUGGCGCUUUCAGUUGCGGAUGGGUCGCGGAAUUUCUUGGAAGGCGAAACGGACUCCUAUUCAACCAUGCCUUUGCCAUUUUGGGUGGUGUCUUGUGUGUCCCAUGCGUGUACGCAAAUCAAGCCGCCUUGCUAUUUGUUGGUCGCUUCUUUUUGGGUCUCAAUUGUGGCAUCACGACGGGUGUCGCUCCAAUGUACCUAAUCGAGAUUGCACCUCGCGAACUUCGUGGAGCAAUCGGAGCAUGCAACCAGCUAGGCAUCACCAUGGGCAUCGUGAUCGCUUACGUAGCCUCCCUGACUAUCACACUGAACACCAAUGAACUGUGGCCAAUCGCUUGCGGUUUAUGUGUUGUGCCGGCGACAAUCUCUCUCCUCGUUUUACCAUUCUGUCCAGAAAGUCCACGUUUCCUGUUUAUAAAGAGAAGUGACGAGCUUGAGGCACGCAAGGCUUUUCAUCGUCUCAGUUCUGAGGAGAACGUGGACCGAUUUAUUGCGGAGCUACGGGAAGAAGUGGAAUUGGCUAGAAGCCAGCCCAAAUUCCAGUUUAUACAGCUGUUUACACAGAACGAUCUCCGUAUGCCCGUGCUGAUUGCGUGCUUGGUUCAGUUGUUUCAGCAACUAUCGGGUAUUAAUGCAGUCAUCAGCUACUCAUCCACCAUGCUCAAAACCACAGGUAUCGCGGAUCAAUACAUUCAGUAUUGUGUGCUGGCAAUCGGCCUAGUGAACGUGAUCGUGACGAUAAUAGCGUUGAUGCUACUGGAACGGGCUGGACGCCGAACACUGCUUCUAUGGCCUACAGUCGUUCUCGCCUUCGCCCUUCUCCUGAUGACGGUCACAGUGAACGUGGCCUCGGAUGCAACCUCUGAUUCGCAACAACAUUCGAUGGGAAUCGCAUCAGCUAUCCUCAUCGUCGUCUUCGUCUGCGCAUUCGCUCUGGGUUUGGGCCCAGUUCCCGCGUUGAUUGUGUCCGAGGUGUUUCGGCAGGGGCCUCGUGCAGCAGCCUACUCGUUGAGUCAGUGCUUACUUUGGCUAUCAAAUUUAAUUGUCCUGGGUGGUUAUCCAGUCAUUGUUAAAGCCAUCAAAGGCUACUCCUUCUUACCAUUCCUGGUGGUUGUGGUGGUCUGCUGGGUGUUCUUCUUCCUAUUUAUGCCGGAAACCCGUAACCGUUCAUUCGAUGAAGUCGCUCAUGAAUUGGCAUUCAGAAGGAUUGUUGUUGGCAGACGCACGAUUACUCCGGAACGCCGACCACUGGUUUCGUUUGCUCAGGAGGAACAGAACACCGCAAACACUUCGGAGCUGCCAGGUACAGAGCCAUUGACGAGGCAAGUAUCUCGUCGCAAUUGGCAAUCGAAUGACGAUUAA